GAUUCGGAUUCAGAGGACGAGCUUGACGACAAGAAGCUCAAGAGCGAGGAGGCCCUCAAGGACUACUGCCCCGGCGGCUACCACCCUACAUUCAUUGGCGAGAAGUACGGCCGCAGUGAAGAGUACCUGAUUGUCAGGAAGCUCGGCUGGGGCCACUUUUCAACCGUCUGGCUCGCCUGGGACUCCGCACGGUCCCGACAUGUCGCCAUCAAAAUCGUCCGCUCUUCCUCCAACUACAGCGAGGCUGCCAUGGACGAAAUCACCCUUUUAGAGAAAGUCAACUCGGGCAAUGGCGCCCACGAGGGCAAGAAGCAUGUGGUGCAGCUGUUGGACCACUUCAUCCACGAGGGACCCAAUGGUAAACACGUGUGCAUGAUUUUCGAGGUCUUGGGUGAAAAUAUGCUAAACUUCGAAAGUUAUGGCGGCUUACCUUUGACGUUGGUCAAGCAGAUCUCCAAACAAAUCCUACUCGCACUCGAUUUCCUCCACCGUGAGUGCGGCAUAAUUCACACAGACAUCAAACCGGAAAACAUCCUUGUUGAGAUCCACGAUGUUGAGAAGUUGGUCCAGCUGUUAGAGUUUGAAAGAAAAAGCAAAAAGCUGAACAAAAUGCUCGAAAAGCGACACAACGACCAUUCCUAUUGUUUACAGCAUACAAACUCCUACCCCGUUGGCCAGCUUCAAUCCAGCAUGACUCAUUCGACCACCACCAGCAACACUAAUAUCAAACCUAAUAACAUUACUAAUAACAAUACCAAUUAUAAUUCUAUUUCUAACACUAUAAAUUCCACCACUGGUUUGGGGAACAAAAACACAAUCACAUCCAGCCAGAGAUUUAGCAAUCACUCCUACCAUUCCUUAUCUCGAAGUAUAUCAAUACAAAAGUCAUUAUCAAACAACAAUGCAAAUUCAAAUGCAACUACCGGCGGUAUCAAUAUCAACACUCCAAUGCGGAAAAACUCCAUACCGAUCAGAUCAAGUAAACCCUUGACGUCUCCAGUUGAAACCUCAAGCGUUGAUAACUUUUUUAGAUCGUUCUCCUUUUCCCAGAGAAGAAACCCGUCGUUUUCGUCCGGCAGUGUGCAAAAUAACAUCGGCAAUCUGACAAACAAUAGCUCCACGAUCAACGCAAAUAAUGUGUCGCCAGUGUUGAACCAGAAUAGCUCUUUUGAACGGCACGGCAGCAUUGUCAGCAGUACAAGCCAGCCUUCGAUACUGAACGAAUUUGAAGAAAUAAUCAGUGUGAAAAUUGCUGACCUGGGAAAUGCAUGUUGGUACAACAAACACUACACACCAGAUAUUCAAACCAGACAGUACAGGUCUCCCGAAGUUAUACUCGGUGGAGAUUGGGGCUGCUCUGCAGAUAUCUGGUCUGCUGCAUGUGUCAUAUUUGAGCUUAUCACGAGUGACUACCUUUUUGAUCCCAAGUCCUCGGCUUCUUACUCUAGAAAUGAUGAUCAUUUGGCUCAGAUUGUUGAAUUGCUACAGACUUGGCCAUCCAAAGAUUAUUUGAGAACAUGCUCAAGAUGGAGAGAAUUUUUUGACAGAAGCGGACAAAAUUUUAGGAAAAUAGGGAAACUGAAGAUAUGGCCAUUAAGAAUGGUUCUUAUAGAUGAAUACAAAAUGAGUGAAGAGCUGGCAACAGAAGUCAGCGACUUCUUAUUACCUAUGCUUGAGUUUACACCGAUGAAAAGAGUGGAUGCUGGCAGUAUGUGUUCUCAUCCUUGGAUCAAAGAUGUGAGUUGUGGUGCAGAUCUAGGCAGAGAAUACGGUCUUCAUGGAGAUGGAAUCAAAGGAUGGAAAGAAGAG